AUCAUAUUUUUGUUCUCUUCUCUCCUAACAUGCCCUACUUCCAUGGAAUUAACUACUCCAUACUCUUGUACUACCGUUGAACGUUUGAUCCACUUAGAAGAAUAUAAAGUUCGCUUUAGAUAAAGUUAGGGACACACAAACCACAGCUAGCCCUAUAUAUAAUACCCACCAUAUUUAUAUUCUCUUUCAAAACACUACCAUAUAUCUAACCCUACCCACCAUGGCCAAAACUCUUGCAUACCUCACUUCCAUCAUCUUCACCGUGUUCCUUUUCUCGACCCUGGUUGCCGCCGGAGAAUCUCAUCGUUUCUCGAGAAGCUUGUCUCGGGAAAUGCUAGGGCUGAAGAAAGAGAAGCUCAGCCACCUCCACUUCUACUUCCAUGACAUUGUUAGCGGCCGAAAUCCUACUGCUGUCCGAAUAGCGGAAGCGGCCAUGACUAACUCAUCGAUUACUGGAUUUGGUAUGGUGGCGAUGAUUGACGAUCCGUUGACGGUACGGCCGGAGCUAAGCUCGAAGCAAGUGGGAAGAGCGCAGGGAAUUUAUGCUUCGGCGUCCCUAAGUGAAAUUGGUCUUUUGAUGGUUUUGAACUUUGCUUUCAUGGAAGGGAAAUAUAAUGGUAGCACUCUCAGCGUACUAGGCCGAAACACGGUGUUGUCGACGGUGAGAGAGAUGCCGGUUGUCGGCGGGAGCGGGUUGUUCCGGUUUGCUAGAGGCUAUGCUCAAGCCAAGACUCACACUUUCGACCUCAGGAGUGGGGAUGCUGUUGUGGAGUACAAUGUCUAUGUCUUCCAUUAUUGACCCUCUCUUUUUCGUCCACUACUUUGCUUUUUCUUGCUUUUGCUUUUUUUUUUUUUAAGAGUAUUAUUAUUCUAUGGGGAUUUCAAAGCUCUUUAUUUGUUUUAUGACAGUGAUGUUCAAUAAUGAACGGAGCAAAUUAAGUAUUA